AUGGCUCGUGUCUUUGUCUACGGCACGCUGAAGAAAGGCCAGCCCAACUACAAGCACAUGAUCAACACGGCCAAGGGGCUAGCGAAAUUCCAAGGAAGGGGCCGCACGGUGGAGAAGUACCCGCUGGUGAUUGCAGGAAAAUACAACAUUCCUUACAUGCUGAACAUCCCGGGAACAGGACACCACGUCGCCGGGGAGAUUUACUCGGUUGACGACCAGAUGCUGCAGUUCCUGGAUGAGUUCGAAGGCUGCCCAGAGAUGUACCAGCGUACCCUGAUGAGCAUCGAGGUGGUGGAGUGGGAAGGGAAGGGCGGCGCGGGGGAGGCGCGGGCGGCUGCCGAGGGUGUCGUGGAGUGCUUCGUGUACAGCACAACGACGUACCCGCCCGAGUGGGUCGGCCUCCCCUACCAUGACAAUUACGACUCCUCGGGGAAACACGGCCUCUCCUACGUCCUACGUGAGAGCCGGGAUUAG